CACCUGCACCGCCUACAGCGUUUCCGUAGAAACUUUGACAGAUUCUGUCUGCUGUGUUGUUGCAAUAGAGGUGAGGUGUUGGCUUUUGGGCUUGGGACUUAAAAAAAAAGGCACUGGAUAUAUUUGCUGCCUUUAUCAUUUGAGCCCAAACAGGAUAUUGUUUCAGACCGUAGAAAGCAGCAACACCUCGAAUCAUGCCUACUACAGGGAGGCAUUUGUACGGCAGGCAGGCCAGCUCAAGGAGUGAACAAAGUGAUAAUCAGCUGUACCCAAAUUUAACUGGAAUGGACAUUGAAAUGAGCAAUCUAGAGGAAGAUAGAGCUUUAUUGCAGAAAUGGAAACCCAUUUUUGACCGAUUUGAUGAAGACCACGAUGGUGCCAUUCCAUUAGCAGAGCUGGCUUCUGUAUUAAAACGAGCUGACACCAGUAUUCCGUUGUCGGUGAUCAACGAGAUUGUUUCCAUGGCCGACAGAGAUCGUAACGGUGUAUUGGAUUUUCGUGAGUUUAUGACUCUUGUCCGUACCCACGAUUUAGCCAUACUCUACCCGAAGCUAAAUAUGAUGAUGAGGACGGCUGCUUACGUCGUUGUGCCAAGAGGCGAGCGAAAUGACGUUGUAAAAAGCGGUUUAGAAGAAUACAAAUGCUGCCCACCGCCUUUACUGAUGCCGCUACUUAGCCUUAUCGAAUUAGGUGUCUUUAUCUACUACGCUAUUGAAAUGGGCGGUGUUGGACCGAAUGGACCUGUUCCGUUUAAAUCUCCUCUCAUAUACGACCCAUACAAAAGAUACGAAGCAUGGCGUUUCGUCUCCUACAUGCUCAUACAUUCAGGAUUUAUCCAUAUUGGUACCAACAUACUGGUUCAAGUAGUUCUCGGGAUCCCCCUGGAAAUGGUCCAUUCGUGGUGGAGAGUGCUCAUUAUUUACGUGGCUGGCGUAAUUGCGGGUUCACUCGGCACUUCCGUACUCGAUCCAACCGUUUAUCUCGCCGGUGCUUCUGGAGGGGUCUACGCUUUACUGCUUGCCCAUCUGGCUAGCCUCAUUUUGAACUGGAAAGAAAUGGAAUUUGCCAUUUGGCGUUUGCUAUUUUUCGUCGUCUUGGUGGGCGUAGACGUGGGCACGGCCGUUUACUACCGCUACGUUGAAAAUGUCGACACAAAGGUGGGUUACGCUGCGCAUUUUGCUGGUGCCAUUGCAGGUCUUCUCGUCGGCGUCAACGUCCUAAGAAAUUUGCAAGUCGAAAGGUGGGAGAAGGUCGUCUGGUGGAUCUGCUUCGCCGUAUAUGUCGCUCUUAUGGCUGCUGCUAUUGCCAUCAACUUCCUCUGGGUCGACCACUUCCCACCACCGCGUUGAAUGAAAAGAAAAAAAGAAAAUCCAUCAACUUCUUAAAACCAAGAAAAGCCAAUCAACCAUCGAGCAACUAUCCUUUUUUUUUUUACUUGUCUUUUUUGAAUGGCCACAAAACCAAUCCGUCUAAGCCACUGCCCGCCAACCCGGAAUUUAACGGACAACAAGACACGAGUUUAUUGCCCCAAACCAACAUGUGCCUCUCUAUUACCUGCUGUAUUAUCCAUUCUGCCUAGUUCCGUGACAUUUGAGUGAUUGAGUUUGUUCAUUUGAAAUUACCUUAAAACAAAAAGUUACGAAAAAAAAAAGCUUCAAAUUUGAAAAUUUAUGUGCUAAAAACAGUGCAAAUGUGCAAAUACCUUUUUCCUCUAUUUUUGGACUUGCUCGUUUUAAAAAAUUCAUUUUUCUAAGUUCCCUUGUUCCCUUCCUGUUUUAGACAUGAUAAAAGAACAUUUAUAAAUCAUCAAUGAGAUUUAAAAGUCAAUAAAAAAAAGACUUCAAAUCUUUCAGUAAUUCCAUAAA